AUGAAUAUCUAUAUUUGCGUAACUGUUUCUAAUCAACAGUACAUUUUUUCACUAAUCACAGCAGAGGAGCAGCGAGUCACUGCGGCCUCAGCCGAGUCUGAGGCUGCCUUGAGGCGCCAAUUUGCCAAAUCCGAAACACAGAGGGCAGAAUACGAAACUGAACUGGCUGAGCUCACCAAACAGCGUGACAACCUUCUUUCCCAGCUAUCUGAUAAAGAUUUAAAGCUUAAGGAACUGCAACAGAAAGAUAUUGAGUAA